AUGUCUCCAAAGAACGUGGCUGAGCCGGAGGAGAUCACUGGACAGAGUGCCCUUCCAAUUUCCCGUAUCAAGAAGAUCGUCCAGCUUGAUGACGAUAUUGUACAAUGCUCCAACAACGCGACCUUUGUGAUCGCCAUGGCUACUGAGAUGUUCAUCCAGUAUCUCGCCGAGCAGGGACACAAUGUGGUCAAGUCAGAACGAAAACCGCGAAAGACGGUGCAAUACAAGGAUUUGGGUGGGUUGCAAUCGAUCCUCAGUCGAGGUUCUACCGGAUUGUAUGCUGAUUUCCUCGUUUACGCAACAGCUACCGCAGUCUCACACAUUGACAACCUCGAAUUCCUUUCCGAUGUGAUUCCCAAGACUACGACGUACAAGCAGUUCAAGGAGAAGAAGGCCAAGGAUGCUGCUAAACACACUGAGAUGGAAAAGGGCCAGCGAACCUUGAACGGAAGCGGUUCUGCGCCCAACAACACCAAUGGUGCUUCUGCUGAAUCUGGUCUACCUCAGUCUGAAGCGGCCAUAUCGUCACCAUCAGUUCCUCGCACACCCGUGGUCCCCGUGAGCGCGCUGAUCGCGGACCGAACGGUUGAUCAUUCGACCCGGAAUGACCCCGACAUUGAAAUGAAGGAUUGA